CGCGGUACAGCAGCAUACAGUACCACUCUUGACUCCACAUGCGAUUGUGACCUAAUGACUUUCCUUCCCUCCAACUUCCUAGACCCUCACUCGCCGACGUAUCUUAGCCUUACGACCACUCGUCCAACUUGGCCUCAGAAGUCUCGGUCCCGGCUUAAUCCGCCCCGUGGUUCACCUUCACGAGCCCCAAGAGAUACCUUGGAAGCUAUCGAUCCAGCUUACGGUUGAGCACACAAAAAGACACAUCGAGUCCGAGUCAUCCACGACAGAUUUGACCACUGUUACGUCAAAACCAUCACAUCAAAGGGCAAGUGCUGCAACUCCUCCGACCAAAAGCACUAGAAAGGCCCGGGUCAGGUCCCGAUUCUAACAACUCUCGCCCAGUUCCCAGUUCCCGCGAAGUGGUAUAAUCGCCGCGCUUGCUGAUCACCCGAGCACUUGCUCAGAAC